ACUUCCAAUGCGUGGUUCGCAGUUGAUUGAUUUCACUUUGUCUUGAAUCGGCUCGGGGCGCAGAAAGUGUCCGAAUUGUCAAACCAAUCAUAACGGAGUGGGAGUAUUUGCGCGAGAAAUGAUGCGCUCGUGCGCGCUGUCCCUCCCAGCAGCAUCAAAGCAGCAGCAGCGCACGAGCACAGCGCAGGCACCCAGGGUUCUUAUGGUCUGUGACCUGUGUUAUUAAGGAGCUAACAACUAUGUGACUGCCUCAUAUUCCAUCAUCUCAUUUGUGUGGCACCCUUCCUCAUUUGCCCCCCAAAACUUCCAGGUGAAUCCAAUGGUCUCCUUGUCGUCAGAUUCCAUUAUCCAGUACGCAGAUGCUCCAGUGAGGGGCACUGAUGACCCCGUUUGGUUAUUGUGCUCCGUCCCUGCUGGCUUCCCACCUUUGUAACCACAUCCCCACUGCUGCUUGUGCGUCUGGAUCCACCUUAUGCCGCAAUGGUGAUUGCCUUUGAAUGGUAUGGCUGUCUUCUUCUGCUGACAGGGAUGGCCGGAUCCAUCAGCCAGCGUACGGAUCCACUGAUGCCCCCUGCUCCCGAAUAUGCCCACUCUAUACGAUUGGAUGGUGAUAUCAUCCUCGGAGGACUCUUCCCAGUGCAUGCUAGGGGUGAACGUGGCGCCCCCUGUGGGGAACUGAAGAAGGAGAAGGGUAUUCAUCGGUUAGAGGCCAUGCUCUUUGCCAUCGACCUCAUCAACAAAGACCCUGACCUGCUGCCCAAUGUGACCCUGGGGGCGCGUAUAUUGGACACCUGCUCGCGCGACACCUACGCCUUGGAACAGUCGCUUACCUUUGUGCAGGCACUCAUAGAGCGUGAUUCUACUGAUGUGCGAUGCGCUAGUGGCGAGCAGCCCAUCUUUGCCAAGCCGGACAAGAUUGUUGGUGUGAUAGGCGCAGCUGCAAGCUCCGUCUCCAUCAUGGUGGCCAACAUCCUACGCCUGUUUAAGGUAAUUCCUGUCUAUAUGCUAACCUAUAAGUCGUGACUUUGCUUCAGGACCCACAGAACCUGACAUAAUCCUUAUUUAAUG